UCUUUUACCAUAAAGAUAUAUUCUUUCAAGAUCACGCCAGAAAUAAAUAGCCCAAUCAACUAUAACCAUCAUUAGUCACUGUAACUUAUUUUUUGAGAUUCUCUGCACCCACAAUCAAAAUGCUUGAGGACAUGGAAGAAACUACAGUAGUUUUUUUAGAAAAAGAAGAAAAACCCUCCGAAGAGUGGUGUUUUGGAUGCAAGGAUGGUGGGCAAAUGAUCAUCUGUGAUCAUCCGAAUUGUUGGAAAGUUUAUCACCCUAUUUGUGUUGGAAAGGAUGCUGCUUUUUUUGACAAUGUAGAAUCUUGGUUUUGUGGUAGACAUGUCUGCUUCCAAUGCAAUGAACCUUCAAGGUUUUAUUGUCUUGGCUGUCCAAUUGGUGUGUGCAGAAAAUGCUUUGCUGCUUCAGAAGAAUUUACUGUUGUUAGAGGGGUAAAAGGCUUAUGCAUAGAUUGUUGGAAGCUAAUGGAGAUUGUAGAACAAAAUUUAGACCAUGACUCAAAUGGGAACAAAAUAGCCUUGAAUGACAGGGAAACAUACGAAUGCCUAUUCAAGGAAUAUUGGGAAAUUAUUAAGGUAGAAGAAAGAUUGACUAGUGCGGACGUUUUUGCUGCACAGCCAGAUUUCAGAACGUGUAAACAUUUUCAACAUCAUAAAAAAAAUAGUAAAGGUGAAGAGAAAGAAGUGCAAAAUGGGUUAAAAGAAGGGUGGAGAAGUGAUGCUGUUUUUGCUGCAAGCCCGGACUACAAAAAGUUUGAUAGUUUGCUACAUCAUAAAAAAGUUAGUAAUGUUGAAGAAGAUCAAAAUGAGGUAAAAGAAGGAUUUACUGCUGAUGUUACUUUUGCUGCACGGGCUGAGUACAAAAAGUUCAAAAGUUUUAAGCAUCAUAAAAAAAUUAGUAAAGUAGAAGAAGAAGAAGAAGAAAGUGAAGAUGAAGAAGAAAGUGAGGAAGGAGAAGAAGAAGAUGAAGAAGAAGAAAGUGAGGAAGGAGAAGAAGAUGAAGAAGAAGAAAGUGAAGAAGGAAAUGGUUUGAUGUCAUUGAGUAGUGAUGAAGAUAGUAAGCCAGCCAAACGGAAAAGGAGCAAUUCAGAGGAGUUUGUGGGAUGGAGAUCAAAACCUCUGAUUAGCUUCCUUGCAUCCAUUGGGAAACAUGAAACUGAACCAUUAACCAAAUGGAAUGUGAAUUCUCUCAUACAUGAAUACAUCAAAGAGAAAAGUCUUGACCACCCUAGAUACAAGGGGAAGUUCCUCCCUGAUGAAAGGUUGUUUCCUAUAUUUAGAAAGAAAGUUGUCUCAAAAAGGGAUAUAUAUUAUCUGCUUGAGUUUCACAUUGCCAAGAAAAUGGAAGAUUCAUUUGAGGAUGAAAACAAUGUUCAAAUCAGUAACAGUUCACUAGACGAGCAUCUCAAUGCUAAGAAUUCAUGCACUCGAAGCAACUUGUCAACCUUAAUUGGAAAACCUCCAUUGAAAAAGGGAGACCUUUUUAUCAAGCAUAGCCACUUUGCAUCCAUUAAUGCCCAUAAUAUAAAGCUCAUUUAUCUAAAACGAAGUUUGCUGCUGGAGUUAUCAAAACAGCCUGAAAGUUUUCUGGGAAAGAUCGUUGGAACUUUCGUCCGAGCUAGAAUGGAUUCCAAUGAUUCUAGGCAAAGAAAGUCUUACCAUCUCGUGAGAGUUUUAGGUGUUGAAUUUGAUGAAAUCUCUAAUAGAACCCUCUUGCAAGUUUCCUUAAUGCCUAAGGCCAUUGCCAUUUCAGAGCUCUCUGAUGAAGAUUUCACAGAGCAAGAAUGUGAGGAUUUGCAGCAAAAAGUGAAAACCAGCUUGCUCCCAAAGUUAACUGUGGCUGAGGUUCAAGAAAAGGCUGAAAGUCUUCAUGAGGAUAUAACAAAACAUAGCUUCACGACUCGCCUAGUCCAUUUGCAAAAUCAAAUUGACCGUGCAAAUCUCAGAGGACGAAAUAGAGAAAAAAUUGCAUUACUUGAGGAAAGGGAACGACUUGAAAAAUCAUGGAAACAAGAACAACCGUUGAAGAGCGUGCCAUCAGUUCGUGCAGAGCUUGUUGAGGCAAAAUGUGGUGAUUCUGAAGAUGCACAAGAUACAAAUACAAACUGAUUCCUCACUCUUAUUGUAAGUUUUUGAGAUAAGGACUCAGUUUCAGACUUUGCCUUUUACAAUUAUUAAGUGUCUAAACUGACAAAGGAACAUAUUUUAUAUCUCUAAUCUUAUAUAAGAAUUCCAGUC